AUGAGAAGCUUUCAAAUUUUCUCUGUUUUAUUCUUUUCACUCUUUUUGGCAAAAUGUUACUCCAAAAAAGAAGGUUUUCUUCAUUGUCUUACCAAAUACUCCCAAAAAAACGUUACGAAAAACAUUUACUCCCCAAAUUCUCCAACUUAUUUAUCUAUCCUGGAAUAUGCCCAGAAAAAUCCCAGAUGGUUCAAUUCUUCACAUCCCGUUUUCAUUGCAUCCCCUAAGAAAGAAUCAGAAAUCAGGCCGGUCAUUCUUUGUAGUAAGAAAAUAGGCCUAGAAAUCACGAUUAAAAGCGGUGGCCAUGACUAUGAAGGCAUAUCUUAUCGCUCUGAAUCCCCUUUUGUUAUGCUUGAUUUAAGCAAUCUUAAUAAAAUCAAGAUUAAUUUAAAGGAAGAAACAGCUUGGGUUCAAGCAGGGGCAACCAUCGGCCAGCUUUACUAUGCAAUUGCCAAGAAAAGUAAAGUUCAUGGAUUUCCAGGCGGCGUAUGCUUCAGUGUUGGCACUGGUGGAAUGAUCAGUGGUGGUGGGCUCGGUGCAUUGAUGAGGAAAUUUGGCCUGGCAGCUGAUAACGUUGUAGACGCUCAUGUAAUGGAUGUUAGAGGAAAAAUUCUUGACAGAGAGAAAAACAAAGAUUUGUUUUGGGCGAUAAGAGGAGGUGGAGGAGCAAGUUUCGGUGUUAUUCUAGCAUGGAAACUAAAAUUGGUUCGUGUUCCUGAAAAGCUGACCGUUUUCACUAUUCGUAGGAAAUUAGAGGGUAACCGAAAUCUCCUUCAAAAAUGGGAAAACAUAUCUCAUCAACUCCCUGAAGAUUUGUUCAUUAGAGCUGUUGUUCAAAAUCGCAGAUCAUCAGAAGGAAAUGUUACUAAAAAGUAUGUUGAAUUCUAUUUUCAAGCACAAUAUGUUGGCCCUGUUGACGAAUUAAUUCCUCUCCUGAAACAAUACUUCCCUGAGUUUAAUUUGGAGCGAAAAGAUUGCUACCAAGAGAAUACUACUGCUCAAGCAGAGAAAGAAUGUCACGAAGUCCCCUGGAUCGGAUCAGUCUUACAUUUAUUUUUCAGAAAACCAAAUGAUUCACCUAAAGUUUUGCUAGAAAAGAGAAUUCCAACACGGAAAAAUUUCAACAAAGGGACAUCUGAUUUUGUGAAGACUCCAAUUCCGGAUAGUGGUUGGGAAAUGAUAGAAAGACUGCUUUUGGAAGAAGAAAGAGUUCAGAUGAUAAUGGAGCCAUUAGGUGGGAAAUUAGAUGAAAUAUCAGAAUCGGAAAUUCCAUUCCCUCAUAGAAAGGGAAAUUUGUAUACUAUUCAGUACUUGGUGAACUGGGGCGAUAACAGCGAGAGUAUAUCAAGCAUGAAGAUAGCAUGGCUGAGGAAAUUUUACAAGGAAAUGGAGCCAUAUGUUGCAAAAUCUCCGAGAACGGCUUACCUGAAUUACAGGGACUUUGGUUUAGGUACAAAUGAAGAGGAUUACAGUUAUUCCAAGGCCAAAAUAUGGGGUGAAAAGUAUUUCAAGGGCAAUUUUGAGAGGCUGGCUAAAGUGAAGAGGAAGGUGGAUCCAAAAAAUUUCUUUAGAAAUGAACAAAGUGUACCACCUUACCAUUUAUCUCACUGA